CAGUGAGCGAAGCGCGCCGCGUCGCAUCUGCUGGUGCACCCCGCGUCGCGUGACCACGCUUCCCUAGGUGGUGAGCCAUAGCCAUCUCCCCCCUCCUGUUCCGCCCCCGCGCCGCCGCCGUCCGCCGAAUCGCCGGGGAGGGGCUUUCGAGGCGCGAGCGGAAGGAAGCCAUGUCGCGGUGGCGCGCGGCCGCCUUCCGCAUCUCCGCCGCCGCAGCAUCCCGGAACGCCGCGGCGGAGUCCCGCGUCCUCUCCAGGGCCUGCGCGAAGGCUCCGACUGUGCCGCCGCCUCCGCUCCAAACCCUCUCGAGAACCUUCUCCAAGUCCGCCGCCGCUGCCGCCGCCACCUCCACCGCCACAUCACGCGGCCCUGGCGCGGCCGCCUCAGCUUCCGCGGGGCCGAGGGCCGAGGUCAGACUGAAUUCUAUGUUCCUGUCCAAGCCCUGUUCAUUAGCGUUGCCACCUGACUCCCCUCUUAGAGCAGCAGAUCCACAGUAUGAAGGCAUCAAGCGUUUCAUGCUCACACUGUUGUUGUUCUACAGCAAGCAAAGCAAGGCCAUUAGAGGAGCAAAUGUUGUUUAUGAUCGAAUCACUUCUCAAGUUGAUGCUCCUGCUAUUUAUGAUGUUUUUCAGUUGGAGAAAACAUUUAAAACAACAUUUUCAUUGCUUGUUCUCCAUAUGUGGCUUGUUCUACGCCGCUUGAAGGAAGAAGGGAAGGAUGGUGUUAAAUUUGGACAGUACAUCUAUGAAAUGUACAACCAUGAUGUGGAGCUCAGAGUUUCAAAAGCUGGGGUUAACUUGCUCUUGACAAAAUGGAUGAAAGAGCUAGAGAAAAUAUUCUAUGGAAACAUUGUGAAGUACGAUGCUGCGAUAAGCCCAGAGGCUCGUCAGGAUGAUCUUGUAAAUAUCAUCUGGAGGAAUAUUUAUGCUGAGGAAGGUUCAGAGGCUAUGGAUGCGGCUGCUGCCCCUGCUGUCCAGGCAUUGGCAAGAUACACACGAAGGGAGGCAACUUGUCUAUCAUUGACUGACAAAGAUGCUAUGUUCUCUGGAAACUUCAAGUUCACAUCCCUGCUGCCGCCAACUCCCAGUCCCAGCCCAAAGAAGCCCGCACGAUGAACUGCCAUGGUACAUCGGGGUUUCAUGUGAAGAUUGGUAAACAGCAGGAUCAGUGGAUACCUAUCACUCUCAGCAACACAAAUAACAGGAUUUUUUUUCAUCACUUGUUUAUUCUGGGGUCCUCUGGAUCGAAACUUUUGAUGGAUGUACCUCGUUCUAGAUAGGAAGUUCGUUUUAUUUAUCUUAUCCAAGCGAUCCAUUCGCUGUAGCUGUCCUCCCACCAGAACGGAGCCUUUUUUGUUUCUUUUUUGGCAAUCCUUUUCCCUGGCUGUUUUGGACUUGAUCAUCACUCCAACUGGAGGUGAUAGAGAAGUAACCCUACAGAUUAUGUUAUCUAAAUAUGUACUAGUGAUGGCUGACGUGGUUGCUUGGAUGAUCUGGGAAAAGAAUGCAAUCAGGCUUAUCUGAA